UGUUGGAUGUGUGUGAUGUCCUCUUCUUCAACUGGAGUUGAAAGUUAAAACGUCUGUCGUUCGUUAUGACGGUCUUACAUCGAUGAAGGGAUUUUACACAAGGAAUUAAGGGGAAACGGCACUUUAGACUGGUGUAAAUAUGGCUCAUCGUUCCCAGUGCUCCUCUGCCGGGGACAAUCCCCUGGACCCCAACUACCUGACCCCUCAUUACCGUGAGGAAUACCGAAUGGCGAUUGACGCCCUGGUUGAAGCUGACUUGGAGGGCUACUAUGGGUUUCUUCAGGAAGCAGAUGUGGUUGAUUUCUUAUCCCGUUCAGAGAUUGAGUAUAUCAAAUGCAUGGUGCAGGCUCCACAUCACACUGCCCAACCAGAGAGGCGAUACAUGGCUGAAGAUGUAGAUGGCUCUUCUGACACUUACUGGCCGGUACACUCAGACCAUGAUGCUCCGAGCCUGGACCUAGGAUGGCCGCAGCAAUUCAGAUUUGUUGGACCCACUGAGGUCACUACGUUGGUGAAUCCGUCUGAUCCCGAGAUGCCCAGUAUCAAGGAGCAAGUCCGCAGAAUGAUCAAGAAUGCACAACAAGUUAUCGCUGUGGUAAUGGAUAUGUUUACAGAUGUUGACAUCUUUGCUGAUAUCCUUGGUGCAGCGACACGUGGUGUCGCUGUUUAUGUUCUUCUUGAUGAACUGAAUGCUCACCAUUUUGUUGCGAUGGUGAACAACUGUAGGGUGAAUCUGGAUGAAAUAAAAUUCAUGCGGGUAAGAACUGUGUCUGGUAGUAGCUACUACUGCCGAACAGGAAAGACCUUCAAAGGUCAGAUGAUGGAUCGCUUUAUACUGGUAGACUGCAGAGCUGUUUUAAGUGGCAACUAUAGCUUCAUGUGGUCUUUUGAGAAGAUACAUCGCUGUCUUGCUCAUCUCUUUCUGGGACAGCUUGUAACCACCUUUGAUGAAGAGUUUCGGAUUCUCUUUGCCCAUUCAGAGCCACUGGUUGUUGAAAAUGUUUUGGCAAAUAUGCCGCACUCUAGUGGAGAACCGGAAAGCUACUACAACACAGAAAAGACCCACAUGUUUAACAGAGAAUAUCCAACUAUGGGCAUGGAAUGUGCUGGGCGUACUACAGAAGAUCAUAUGAAAUUGGGUUACAAAAUGUUACCCUUUAGGAGUGAAUCCAUCCACAGUGCAGCAGAAGCAAAUCCCUCUGUUCAGAGGAAUAUGAACCUGCAUGCUGCCCAGAAAUAUAGAAGGGACCAUCAAUUUAUAGAGCAUGGAAGGCAAAUGAGAGGACCAAAUGAAACGGUUGGCUUCAAAAGACAUAGCAGUGGAAAUAUUCCUGAUUAUGAAUACAUGCCCCCUCAAAACCAUCCAACAAUAAGAGGAAAGCAGUACACGGAGGGCGCAAUUCCCCAUGGUGGACACUUUGCACAGGAACCAUGUAUUCACAAGGGAGCUGGAUUACAAUCUGGUUAUGACAUGCAUGGAAGGUUUAGAGGCCAAUGUCAACACAUUGGUCAGUUUUCAGGGCCUGGCUACCCUCAUGAGGGAGAAGAGGAUGAACCACCUGGAGCUUAUGACCAUAUUCAAAGAUACUUGCAGUCUCACCCUGCUAUGGAGGAAGGACAUGGUCCAAGAAAUGUAUUACCACCUGUGCAGUUCAAUCUCAAGAGACAUAGCAUGGGACAGCCUUAUACAUGUCAGACCUCCCCAACACAACCAAACCCGCCAGAACAGAGAUGUUUCUUCAAUGUAAGCCGCAAAGCACAGGAUGUGAGUCAAAAGCAAGGCCUGCGGGACUGGAGGAUCAGUUCAUACCUUAGUGCAUAUGAUGAUGCAGGAGAGCUGGAUUUAGCUGAACUCGAAGGAUCCACUGCAUGUGAUGACAUUCCAUGUUUUACGCAGGAAGCUCCUUGUGGCCCCAUACGUGCUGAAAUUAGACUAGGAAAUAGAGAGUUUAACAGGAUACCUUCACCUAGGGAAAAUCCCAUGUUUGUCCAAAUUCAGAAUAAUUCUAUUGUGCCUGACAGUUCAGUUAAUCAUCCAUCUGACUUAUCACAAAUAAAUAUCAAAACAACACCAGCAUCAACUUCAGAGUCUUCUUGCACCACUGAGGGUGACAAAGUGGAGGAGACGCAGAAUAGAGAACCUAAAGAGACUAGCCGGAUAAGUGAAGAGUUCCUCAAGAGGAAACCCAGCCGACAUGUCCAGAGGAGUUCCAGACUGAGACACUCACUGAUAUUCAGUUCAAAUUUGGAGUUGCAUGCAUCAGAAGAGAUGAAACAUGCUGGUGGAGAAAAACAUGGAGAUGACGCUUCUAAAUUUUCAGCUCGUGUGUCACAAAUCUUGGAUAAAAGCAGGACUGGUUCUCCACUUCAACCAUUCCAGUGGAGCAGUUAUGUAAAGUCGGCCACAUUUGAUAACUCCGCCUCAGAGUCUGCACAACCUGAGGAUGAACUGAACAAAAUGGGUGAAAAUUCUGAUGUAGAUAAGGUUAAAAACUGCCAAAAUCUUAGAAAGAAUUCAAUAAAGGGUGAUCUGCAAGAAAAAGAUCUGCCUCAAACAGUUCCUGAAACAAACAGCCAAAGGGAUGAAUGCCCAUCUAAUUUAUUGCAAAAGUCAUCUUCUUUCAUAGAUAUGAAUGACCCUGACUGUAGACUGAGGUAUUUCAAAGAGUUAGCAGCAAAACGCAAACUUGAAGCAGCAAAGGCUUCUCAGAGCAAUCCUAUGAAAGCCACCCAAAAGUUUACUCUACCAGAGAAACCGUCAACUGUUGACGCAGAUAAAACAACAGGACAUGUUUUCAAGAUCCCAGAAACUCCACUCAAGUCAAAAAAUACCUCUUUCACAGUAACAGAGAUCAAAGAAACCUAUAAAGACACCAAAUGUGAGGAAUCGAGUAAAGACAUCCUACACAGAGCUACUGAUGCUGAAAAAAUUAGAUUUAAGAAAAAACUUGCAGAAGAGUCUGGCUCAUCUUUAAAAGUUUUCAAGGGAGACAUUGAUCAAGCUCUAAAAGAAGAGGCAAGAACAGUAUCUACAGCUAAAAACCAGACACCCCCCAUUUUAAACAUUUUUUCACAAAAGCCUCUCUGUGCCUCACAAAAUCAAGUAGUUUAUGUUGCAUUAGAUACUACCUCAACAGAAUCUGGCCUCAACCAAUAUCGUAUUUCUAAAGAAACAGAUCCCUCCCAUGCCGUUCUGACUGAGAGUUGUCUGCCUAUAAAGUUACCACAGACAAAGUGUGUGUCAUCACUACGCACCACUCCAAAUGAGGGAAGUCUAUCUGCAAAUGACUCACAAACUCUUGCACAGAGCUUACCCAAUAUUUUUGGCACAUGCUCUGAUACUGUGCCUCUUGAUUCUAAUUCAACAGCAAACCUUGCAAUUGUAGAUACUUGUGUGCCUUCAAAAAAUUACCACAAAGAUACAGUUCCCUCCCCAGCAUUUUACCAUACAACUGGAAUUAGUUCCACCAAACACUCCACUGCAAUAAAGGCAGACUCUUCUCAGCACCUCAAUGAAACUGGGGCAGAUUUUUCUAAACACUCCACCGCAGUAGGGGCUGAACCAUCUACAGCAGAAAAUGUGUAUUUCCAAUACCACUCUGCAACAGAGAAAAACUCUUCUCAACAGCAUACCUUAAUAGAAUUUGACUCUUCCAAACCACCCACUACCACAGAAAGUGAACCCUCACGAAAAUCUACUUCAACAGAGGCAGACUCUUCUCAACACACUCCUGCAUCUAAAAUAGACUGUUUUCAACAGCCUGCUGCAGUGAGGAAAGACUUUUCCCUGCACCCCACUGCUACAGAAUGUGGAACUUCAAAAAACUUCCCUAUUACAACAGAAACUGACUCUUUCCAACAGCCAACUGCAGCAAAAAGUGAAUCGUCACAUCACUCCACCACAAUUAAAGCAGCCUCUUCUCAACAGCCUACUGAAACAGGAGAUGACUCUUUUCAGCCCCCCACUAAAUCUGGGACAGACUUUUGCCAACACUCCACUGCAGUAGAAAGUGAAAACUCUGAAAAAUCCACUGCAGUGCGGACAGACCCUACUACAGCAAGAAAUAAACCUUCCCAACAGUGCACUGACGUAUCUUCAGACUUUUCCAAACAUCCCCCUGCAGUGAAGGUAAAUUCUUCCCAAAACCCCACUGCAGCAGAGAUGAACUCUUCUGAGCAGUCUGCUGCAUCAGUGAUGGACUCUCCCCAACACCACAUGGCAAAAGAAAGUAAAUGUUCGCUAAAACCCACUGUAUCAGGUACACAACCUUUCAUACAGCUAAAUGCAUCUGCUGCAGCCACUUCACAACAUCCCAGUGCAGUGGAGGCAGACUCCUCCCAACAGCCCACUGCAACAGCCACGGACUCUUCUCAACACCCCACUGCAACAGCCACAAAUUCUUCUCAGCAACCCACUCAAAUGGAGAAAGACCCUUCUCAAAAGUCCACUGCAGUGGAGACAUACUAUUCCCAGCAUGCCGCUGCAGCAGUCACAGACUCUUCUCAGCACCCCACUACAACAGUCACAGAUUCUCCUCAACAACCCAUUGCAAUGGAGGCAGACCCUUCUCAAAAGCUCACUGCAUCAAUGGUAGACGCAAUUGAACAGCUAACUGCAUCAGAGGCAGACACUCCCAAGUCCCACACUACAACAAAAAGUGACCUUUCCACAGAACCUUUCAAACAACUACCUUUAUGGGGGGCAGGCUCUUCUCAACAGGCCACUGCAACAACCACAGGUUCUUCCCAGAAGCCCACUAAAACUAUCACUGACUCUUCUCAGCAGCCCACUGCAACAGAGACUGACUCUUCGCAGCAGCCCACUGCAACAGAGAUCGACCCUUCCCAGCAGCCCACUGCAACAGAGACCAACUCUUCCCAGGAGCCCAAUGCAGCAGUCACAGACUCUUCACAGAAGCCCACUGCAACAGAGACCGACUCUUCCCAGCAGCCCACUGCAACAGAGACCAACUCUUCCCGGGAGCCCACUGCAGCAGUCACAGACUCUUCUCAGCAGCCCACUGCAAAAGAGACCGACUCUUCCCAGCAGCCCACUGCAACAGAGACCGACUCUUCCCGGGAGCCAACUGCAGCAGUCACAGACUCUUCUCAGCAGCCCACUGCAAAAGGGACCGACUCUUCCCAGCAGCCCACUGCAACAGAGACCAACUCUUCCCGGGAGCCCACUGCAGCAGUCACAGACUCUUCUCAGCAGCCCACUGCAACAGAGACCGACUCUUGCCGGGAGCCUACUGCAGCAGUCACAGACUCUUCUCAGCAGCCCACUGCAACAGAGACCAACUCUUCCCAGCAGCCCACUGCAACAGAGACUGACUCUUCCCGGGAGCCCACUGCAGCAGUCACUGACUCUUCCCAGCAGCCCACUGCAACAGAGACCGACUCUUCCCGGAAACCCACUGCAGCAGUCACAAACUCUUCUCAGCAGCCCGCUGCAACAGAGAUAGUCACAGACUCUUCAGACACUGACUCUUCCCAGCAGCCCACUGCAACAGAGACAGACUCUUCCCAGCAGCCCACUACAACAGAGACCGACUCUUCCCGGGAGCCCACUGCAACAGAGGCCGACUCUUCUCGGGAGCCCACUGCAGCAGUCACAGACUCUUCUCAGCAGCCCACUGCAAAAGAGACCAACACUUCCCAGCAGCCCACUGCAACAGAGACCAACUCUUCCCAGGAGCCCACUCCCACUGCAGCAGAGACAGACUCUUCUCAGCAGCCCACUGCAAAAGAGACCGACUCUUCCCAGCAGCCCACUGCAACAGAGACCGACUCUUCCCGGGAGCCCACUGCAGCAGAGACAGACUCUUCUCAGCAGCCCACUGCAAAAGAGGCCGACUCUUCCCAGCAUCCCACUGCAACAGAGACUGAAUCUUCCCGGGAGCCCACUGCAGCAGUCAUAAACUCUUACCAGCAGCCCACUGCAACAGAGAAUGACUCUUCCCAGCAGCCCACUGCAACAGAGACAGACUCUUCCCAGCAGCCCACUGCAACAGAGACAGACUCUUCCCAGCAGCCCACUACAACAGAGGCCGACUCUUCCCGGGAGCCCACUGCAACAGAGACCGACUCUUCUCGGGAGCCCACUGCAGCAGUCACAGACUCUUCUCAGCAGCCCACUGCAAAAGAGGCCGACUCUUCCCAGCAUCCCACUGCAACAGAGACUGAAUCUUCCCGGGAGCCCACUGCAGCAGUCAUAAACUCUUACCAGCAGCCCACUGCAACAGAGAAUGACUCUUCCCAGCAGCCCACUGCAACAGAGACAGACUCUUCCCAGCAGCCCACUACAACAGAGGCCGACUCUUCCCGGGAGCCCACUGCAACAGAGACCGACUCUUCUCGGGAGCCCACUGCAACAGAGACAGACUCUUCCCAGCAGCCCACUACAACAGAGGCCGACUCUUCCCGGGAGCCCACUGCAACAGAGACCGACUCUUCCCAGGAGCCCACUGCAGUGGUCACAGACUCUUCUCAGCAGCCCACUGCAACAGAGACCGACUCUUCCCGGAAACCCACUGCAGCAGUCACAAACUCUUCUCAGCAGCCCGCUGCAACAGAGAUAGGUUUUUCCCAGAAGCCGACUGCAGCAGACCAAGACUGCUCCCAGAAGAUCACUUCAACAGGCACAGUCUCUUCCCAGCAGCCCACUGCAACAGUCACAGACUCUUCUCAGCAGCCCACUGCAAAAGAGACCAACACUUCCCAGCAGCCCACUGCAACAGAGACCAACUCUUCCCAGGAGCCCACUGCAACAGAGACCGACUCUUCCCAGGAGCCCACUGCAGUGGUCACAGACUCUUCUCAGCAGCCCACUGCAACAGAGACCGACUCUUCCCGGAAACCCACUGCAGCAGUCACAAACUCUUCUCAGCAGCCCGCUGCAACAGAGAUAGGUUUUUCCCAGAAGCCGACUGCAGCAGACCAAGACUGCUCCCAGAAGAUCACUUCAACAGGCACAGUCUCUUCCCAGCAGCCCACUGCAACAGUCACAGACUCUUCAGACACAGACUCUUCCCAGCAGCCAACUGCAACAGAGGCAGAUUCUUCCCCUGAGCCCACUGCAGCAGGCACAGACACUUCCCAGAAGUCCACUUCAACAGGCACAGACUCUUCCCAGCAGCCCACUGUAAUAGAGACUGACUUUUCCCAGGAGCCCACUGCAAAAGACACAGGCUCUUUCCAGCAGCCCGUUACAACAGAGGAAGACUCUUCCCGAGAGCCCACUGCAGCAGACACAGACUUCUCCCAGAAGUCCUCUGCAACAGAGACAGAUUCUUCCCCUGAGCCCACUGCAGCAGUCACAGACACUUCCCAGAAAUCCACUUCAACAGUCACAGACUCUUCCCAGAAGACCACUGCAAUAACCACAGACUCCUUCCAGCAGUCUUUUGCAACAGAGACAGAUUCUUCCCAGCAGCCCGCUGCAAAAGAGACAGACUCUUCCCAGAAGCACACUGUAACAGCCACAGACUCUUUCCAGCAGUCUGUUCCAACAGAGACUGACUCGUCCCAGCAGCUCAGUAUAACAGAAAGUGAGUUUUCCCAAAAUCCCACCAAAAUGUGGAUAGACACUUCCAAACAUCCUAUUGAAACAGAAAAUGAAUCCCUUCAAGACAUCACUGCAACAAAGUCUGACUGUGUGAAUGAGAAAAAAGAUGAGAACUUAUCCGAAGCCUUUAGCAAACUAAUACCCAUUCCAGAGGCUAACAAUACUCAAAAAGAAAAUAGCAUAUCUCAAAAUGCAGUCAUCACAGACUCAGGUUCCCCAGCUAAACAUUCCCAAUCUGAAACUGUUACACCUUGUGAUAGCCAAGUGGAACUAAACCAACCACAAGCAUGGGCCAAACCAUGUAUAACUCCUACAGUUAAAGACACAGACAAUGGUGCUUUAACUAGUCUUGAUUCAGUGGAGGUGAGUUCAACUCAGUCUCAAGGUUCUCCAGAGCCUUGCCUGUCCUCGAAUGAGAUCAACUCAACUCAGGGAAUAACACAAUUACAAUCUAGCUUUUCAUCAAACCCUAUGGAAUCUAGCUGUCAAAAUGACUCAAAGCCUGAGAAAACAGAUGAGUGCCAGAAAUCUGACACAGAGCAAACUCAGAAUCAUGACACUUCAGCUGUAGAUGCAGGGCCCAAGAUAGCUCACAUAGAAGUUUCUACAGCAACAGACUCUAAUGAGGUUGAUAAAUUUAAACAAACAACACCAGAGGUAGAAAACACUGUGACUAACUUUGCAGAGGUGUCAGAAAAAUCACAUUUGACUGUACACAGUAAUUCAAGUAAGUCUUCUGUUGCAGAGAAUGCAAAAUCGAUAAUGUCUGCCCAUCAGACAUCUACUGCAAAUGUUAUCUCUUGCAGCAACCUUAGAGAUGACACUAAAGUUCUUUUAGAGCAAAUUUCAGCAAAGAACCAAAGCAGAUCUUCCCAGUCCAAGCAGACUCUUGCUGCACCCAAUGAAGCCAAAAAGGGUGAGGUUAGCUCUGCAGAUAAAUUGUUUUCAAAUAAUUCAGGAAGGCCCUGGUCCUCCAAGGCUACACCAGAAGAGCGGGAGAUGUUACUACAAAAGAUGGAGCAAAUGCGUAAAGAGAGGAAGGCCUACAGCCGUUUUGAGACCUCGUGAAUUAAACCAUUGGAAGAGGGGCUCCAUUGAUGAACAAUAAGAGGAAAGCGAUUUUGCCAGAUUUUUUUUACCUCAUAACUGUGAACCUGCACAAACUUGGAUUGAAGUGUCUAAUAACUUCUGAUUAUACCAAAGAGUGCUGCCUAUAUUGAGAGAAUAGAAAUCCCUGCAGGGCUUAACAAGCUAUGCAGAUGAUCUGUGUGACAAAACAGGAACUCAACCUUUACCGGCUGGAAUAAGCUUUUGAUAGGGCAGGUAUUUCUCUGUGUGUGUAUAUAUAGUGUAGCUGUGAAACACAUUUCUGAAUCUUUUGUAGUUAUUGGGAGUUCUAUAUUCAGAAAUUAUGAUCUGAUAUAAAUACUGUAAAUAGAGAGUUGUUUACAUAACAAAAACAAGGAGUUAA